CGCCGGGCGCGCGCACGCUCCCUCGAUUUUAACGGUCGCGAGAGGCCUCGCUGGCUUGACCCUGACAUCGGCAGAGGGAGCGGCGGCCAGACUCUUGGGAGCUUAGGAUAUUUCACAGUUCAGAAUGUUAGCAACUGAAAAUGCCUGUAGAUGAUGAAGCAUCUGAAGAUGACUCGGAUUCAAUUUCUUCAAACAGUGAAAAAACCUACAUUUUCCAGUAAGAGAGUAUAACAAUUUCUGUACACUAUGGAAGAUUUUGACUUGGUGAAAUCCUUACAAAAAACUUCAUCUUCUGUAGAAUCUGAUAUAAAAAAUUCUCCCCAUUCUCUUGGACUGAACUUAAAUACUAAUAGAAGUAGUCCCCACCUUAGUACAAAUGGCGUAUCCUCUUUCUCAGGGAAGACCAGACCAUCUGUAAUUCAAGGUACAGUUGAAGUCCUAACCUGUUUAAUGCAAGAGCUACAAAACAGUGGAAAGACUGAUUCGGAACUUUGGAAAAACUGUGAGGCCAGGUGGUUACAGCUAUUCGAUUUGGUGGAAAAACAAUGCCAAGAACAGAUAGUUGCCCAGCAGGAACAGUUUCACAACCAAAUUCAACGUAUACAAGAGGAGAUUAAAAAUUUAGUUAAGUUACAGACCAGUAAUGCUUCCUGGGCUUCCUAUGGUAGAAGUUCUUUAGGUAAACAAAUAUCUUCAGAAAGUCAAAUGGGUUUUUUUUCUGAAAACAGUGAGAGAAAUGAAUCUGUUAUCAGUUACCCUAAGUCGAAAGAACUUGAAAUGCAGCAAGAAACAGCCACAUCACAACCAGACUGCAAUGUGGAUAGUAGCUCAGUGAGCAGUGGGUAUGGUACCUUUUGUGUCUCAGAAUUAAAUACCUACAAAUUGGAGGACCCUCAAGAGUUCAUGGAGCUCACAGAGGUUUCUAGAGGACGGUAUGGAGCCCCUGUGGUGCAGACGGAGUCACCUGUAGAUGGUGUAAAAAAUAAGAGUUUUUAUAGUCAUACUACUGAAGAGUUUUGUGCACCUUUAAAGGAAGAUAUUCCCACUUUUCCUGGAGAAUUUGAACACAGUUUUCUUGGUGAAAAUAAGAUUUUGGAAGUACACAGUGGAAAAACAAAUAGUAAAUCUAUAACAUCAUGGGCACAAAAGCUGAAGCAGAACCAGCCAAAGAGAGCACAUGCAGAAGAGGGGUGUUCAAAAUCUGUGCAAGGAAGUGAGCAAACCAAGAAAUCACCAACGGAGAAAUCUGAUUUCACUGCUGCUACCCAUCCUCGUGCUUUUUACCUCAAUAAACCAGAUGAGAGUCCAAAUUCUUGGAUAUCUGAUUCAGGAACAGGACUGACUCACUGGAAGCUGGAGAAGGACACGUAUCACUCUUUGCCUGAGACUUCAGAGAAGGCGUUCACACCAUCCUCCACUGAUAUGUCACCAAGCCAGUCUAAUACUAGUAAUGAGAUGAAGCUACCAUCACUGAAGGAUAUUUAUCAUAAAAAACAAAGGGAAAACAAGCAGUUACCUGAGAGGAAUCUCAUCUCUGCUUCCAACCCAAAUCAUCUACCAGAGAUACUGACUCUAGAUCCAACGUUACACAUGAAGCCAAAUCAGCAGAUUUCAGGGAUUCAACCACAUGGCUUUUUGAAUGCCCUUGAUGACGGAAUAUCCUUUUCACCAGACUCUGUUCUAGAACCCACUAUGUCUAGUCACUCUGACAUAGACUCAUUUUCACAAGCAAGUAAUGUCGCUUCUCAGUUAUCUGGAUUUCCAAAAUAUCCUUCAAAUACAAAAGCUUCACCAAUGGACCCGUGGAAAAAUCAUGCAUUCCAGAAUGAAAGUAGGACCAGCUCUACGUUUCCUUCAGUAUAUACUGUUACUAGUAAUGACAUCUCGGUCAACACUGUAGAUGAAGAAAACACUGUCUUGGUAACUUCAGCCUCAGUCAGUCAGUCCCAGCUUCCAGGUACAGCCAACAGUGUCCCAGAAUGCAUUUCAUUGACUUCCCUGGAAGAUCCUGUGAUAUUGUCUAAUAUUAGGCAGAACCUGAAGGAAAAGCAUGCUCGACACAUAGCGGAUCUUCGAGCUUAUUAUGAAUCAGAAAUAAAUAGUCUGAAACAGAAACUGGAGGCGAAAGAAAUUUCUGCAGUUAAAGAUUGGAAGAAAACCAAUCAAAUUCUUGUAGACAGAUGUGGCCAAUUAGAUAGUGCUCUGAAUGAAGCUACUAGUCGUGUAAGAACACUUGAAAAUAAGAAUAACUUACUGGAAAUAGAAGUGGGUGAUUUCAGAGAACGCUUCAAUGCAGCCAGCAGUGCCUCCAAAAUUUUGCAGGAGCGAAUUGAAGAAAUGAGAACAAGUAAUAAAGAAAAAGAUAAUACCAUCAUGCGACUGAAAUCUAGACUGCAGGAUUUAGAAGAAGCAUUUGAGAGUGCUUACAAACUCUCAGAUGAUAAAGAAGCCAGACUAAAACAAGAAAACAAAAUGUUUCAAGAUCUUUUGGCAGAGUAUGAGUCCCUUGGAAAAGAACACGAAAGAGUGAAGGAUACGUUAAAUAUAACUGAGAACAAAUUGCUUGAUGCACAUACUCAGAUUUCUGAUUUGAAAAGAACAAUUUCAAAACUUGAAGCUCAGGUCAAGCAAGUGGAGCAUGAAAAUAUGUUAAGUCUUCGUCAUCAUUCUAAAACUCCCAUGAGACCCUCACGUGCCAACACACUAGCAACCUCAGAUGUCAGCAGGCGGAAGUGGUUGAUACCAGGAGCCGAGUAUUCCAUCUUUACUGGCCAGCCUUUGGACACCCAGGACAGUAAAAUGGAUAACCAGCCGGAGGACACCUGUGUUCCUGGGUACCAUUCUCCUCCAGAAAAGGAUUCUUCACCUGGAAGUACACCAACAAGCUUAUUGAUAAAAAAACAGAGAGAGACUUCAGACACACCAAUCAUGAAAGCGUUAAAAGAACUUGAUGAAAAAAAAAUAUUUAAAAAUUGGGGCACACAGACUGAGAAAGAGGACACCUCAAAUAAAUUAGUGAAUCCUCGACAAAGUGAAACCUCAGUCAAUGCAAGUCGGUCCCCAGAGAAAUGUGCCCAGCAAAGACAAAAGAGAUUUAACUCUGCUUCACAGAGAUCGUCAUCUUUACCACCUUCAAAUCGUAAAACAAGUACUCCAACAAAAAGAGAGAUUAUGUUAACACCAGUGACUGUGGCUUAUAGUCCAAAGCGAUCCCCUAAAGAAAAUUUGUCCCCAGGAUUUAGUCAUCUACUUAGCAAAAAUGAAAGCAGUCCAAUUCGAUUUGAUAUACUUUUGGAUGAUUUAGAUACCAUUCCUGUGUCAGCAUUACAACGUACCACUCCAAGAAAACAACUCCAGUUUCUUCCUCUAGAUGACUCGGAAGAAAAAAAAUAUUCUGAAAAAGCCACCGACACCCCUGUUAAUCAUAGCUCUUCCCCCGAACUGUUGCCAAAUGGAAUGAGGAAAGCCUCCAUGAGAUCCGCCUGGGAGAAGAAUAAGUCAGUGAGCUCUGCACAGUGUCAGCCUGCUUCAGUAGCACCCCAUGGUUAUGAUUUUGAAUAUACAGCAAAAAUUAGGACCCUAGCUGAAACGGAACGGUUUUUUGAUGAACUUACAAAAGAAAAGGACCAGAUUGAGGCAGCACUAAGUCGAAUGCCUUCUACUGGAGGACGAAUCACUUUGCAGACAAGAUUAAAUCAGGAAGCCUUGGAAGAUCGUUUGGAAAGGAUUAAUCGAGAACUGGGUUCAGUUCGCAUGACAUUAAAGAAAUUUCAUGUUUUGCGCACCUCUGCAAAUCUUUGAGAUUUGUAGCCAUUAAAUUUUGAGACAUUUUUGUUUGCACUAAUGUAUAAUUAUGCAUUCAGAAAAGGCAAACUAUUUUGUACUGUUUAUAAGCCUUCAAACAGUAGUUUUACAAUCAUGUUCUUCUUUACACUUGCUAUUUUAUACUUCAAAUGACCACAUAUUUUCGAGAUAUUUUUGUUAUGCUCAGGAAUCUCUUGUAUAUUUUACUAUUUAAAAAGUAUUAUUUUUAGUAUGUCUCCAAUUUAUAUCAAGAAUAAGGAAACGUGAACAGCGGAGGCAGCUUGUUUCUAAAUAGUGUUAUCCUUUUAUGAUUCACUUUGCACACCAAUUUUAUAAACUUGUUCUACAUUGUGAAUAUGAUUUUUU